UGGCAGUCGGGUAAUCAUCACCACACGCAGUGAACAGGUUGCUACAUUUUGCAAAGAAACUUCAAUGGAUCAUGUCCACGAGCUUGAAGCCCUAUCCGAAGAGAAGGCUUGGGAACUCUUUUGCAAGAAAGCCUUCCAAUUGGACUUUGAGGGUCAUUGUCCCCCUGAGUUGGAGGAAGUAUCACAUGCAAUUGUUAGAAAGUGUCAAGGUUUGCCACUUGCAAUUGCAGCUAUAGGUGGUCUCUUGUCCACCAAAAACAAGGGUAUAUCUGAAUGGCAAAAAUUCUAUGGUAGCAUGCACUCUGAAUUGGAAAGGAAUCCUAAUCUUACAAGCAUCAGAAAAAUUUUGUUGUUAAGUUAUAAUGAUCUGCCUCACUACCUCAAAUCUUGUUUCUUGUACUUUGGCAUAAUGCCAGAGGACUACUCUAUCAGUUAUGGAAGACUAAUUCGGCUAUGGAUAGCCGAGGGUUUCAUUGAAGAGCAGAAAGGAAAAACAAUGGAAGAAGUUGCAGAAGAAUGCUUGAUUGAGCUGAUCCAUAGACGCUUAGUUCUAGUGUCAAUAACAAAAUUUGAUGGAAGAGUUAAACAAUGUCAGGUACAUGAUGUAAUGCGUGAGAUUAUUCUCUCAAUGUCUGAGGAGUUUAGUUUCUGUCAAAUUUUGGAAGAGAAUUCAAGUUUCAAUGACACAACUCGCUGGCUAUCUAUGCAUAUGCGUUAUUGCAACAUGGAUAAGGUUAUGGAAAGCAUUGGUAAAUCCCCAGUUCGUUCUGUUUUUCUUUUUUAAGUGCCAGAGCUGCCAAAGAAGCCCUUCUUGGGCACACUAGCUGCAAAUUUCAAGCUUUUGAAAGUAUUGGAUCUUCAGAAUGCUCCUUUGCAUCAACUUCAUGAAGAAGUGGGAAAUCUAUUUCUUUUGAGAUUUCUAAGCAUAUG